AUGUGUCGAGCAGCUGACCCUCACAUCUGCUGCAGACUCCAGGUGACCUGGGAGCUGAUGCAAAACCCAGACCGCAGUUUAAAGAUGGAGCAUGUCUCGGCUCCAGCAGGGAAGUGCCUGCACACGUCGGGGCUCUGUGCCCGAGGGACGGCCCGGGCAGAAAAAGGGUUUGCUGGUUGGCAACAGCAGCAGAGGCGCAGCGCUGCCAGUGUGCAGAAGGCAGGGCGAACCAGGCUAAACCCUGCUGGCAGCGGGAUGAGUGGCCGGCUGGUGUCGGGCUGGAGCAGCAGCUGUCAGGCGUGUCUGCAGAAGCAGCUUUUCUUCAACAUGUCCGUCCUGCAGCCUGCGGAGCUGCUGUCUCUGGCUCGGCUGGAAAUCAAGUUCCACUGGAAGCCCAUCAGAUCGGCCGAGCUCCUGCAGGGGCCCCGGGCCCUCAGCGUGUCUCUGUAUAAAGUGAUUCGAGCCACGCUGAGGGGAGCCGAUCCCCAGGCUAACCGCAGACUCCUGCUGUCCCAGUCCGUCCAGCUGCAGCCAGAGACCGCCUCCAUCACCCUGGACCUCACCGCGCUGGCAGAGAGCUGGCGCAAACCGGGACGCAACUACGGUUUGGUUUUAGAGCUGCUGCCUCUCAGCGCAGAUCCACAAGAGCUGCUUCCUUUCCACCCGGGGAACGCCCUCCCUUUGGAACCAGCCUUCGCCGUGCCGCUGAUCCAGGCCUCGUUGGUCGCCGUGUCCCUCAACCCUCAUCAGUGUCGCUCCAGGCAGAGAAGAAGCGCCGUCCACCUCCCCGUGACGCCCAGCAACGUGUGCAAAGCCCGUCGCCUCUACAUAGACUUCAAAGACGUGGGCUGGCAGGACUGGAUCAUCGCCCCACAGGGCUACAUGGCCAACUACUGCCACGGCGAGUGCCCGUUCCCGCUCAGCGAGAGUCUGAACGGCACCAACCACGCAAUCCUGCAGACCCUGGUGCACUCCCUGGACCCGCUCGGCACGCCCCAACCCUGCUGCGUCCCCAUCCGCCUGUCCCCGAUCUCCAUGCUCUACUACGACAACAACGACAACGUGGUGCUGCGGCAUUACCAGGACAUGGUGGUGGACGAGUGCGGGUGUCGAUGAGGUCGGUGGACAGUUUGACUAUCGAAUAUCCGCCAUGUUUUCUUAAAGCUUUUUGGCUCAAAGUAUUAAAUUCUAGUGACCCAGUGCAUUUCUGAUUUUUUGAUCAGAUUAGUUUUUCUUUUCAAUGCGCCGGGUCUUUGCAGUCAAGAAUUUAACGUUUGUAUUUCUUUAUCAUUGUGCGACUUUAAACACAUCUUUUUUAAAAUGAAGGCUGAUGUUAAUAAAAUUGCAAUAAAGCCACGCUGGAGGACUGAA